GGGCGUCGGCGGUCGCGAGUCACCCCAGUCACCGCUCGACGCUGCAACGGCGGGGACUAAUGGGGGGACGGGGGCCCCGGCUCCUGCUUCCGCUGCGGGCCAUUCACCCGCGAAUGGAAUACACGGUGCGAGAUGCUCUCCCCUCCGCUGCCAGCUCGACACCGGACUCCUCCCACCGGUGGAGGCUAGCUGCGGAGCCCACUGCGGCUCCGCGCAGAUUCCAAGGGAACGGAGAUCAUGCUAAUCGAGAGCACCGGUGGUUAAUGCAAGUCCCCAACACGGCAUCGCCGCCUGUCCGCGAUUGGAGUCCCAUCGAGGCGCUAGACGGAACUCAAUUACCACAAUCUUCCGAAUAUGGGCGCGGCCACGAGGUCGGUUCGUCCACGCUCACAGCCGGCGAGCGCUGUGAAUCGCGCAUCUGGAAUAUCGCAAAUCCCGGAGCUUUCACGGCGCGGGCGCUGUGCACCCGCCGCCUCCAUCUACAUUGCCUUGCGACAUUGCUGUAAAUGUCCGCUCGGUAGCUUCACGACACACUAGGGCGACCUCGAACACAAUAGCGACGCAGCUGUGGACCCGGCAGGCCGUGUAUCUAUGGCCGCGUUCUCACGGUGCAAUAAUUGUACCCCCCGGCGCUGUCGAAGCAUACCGUAUAAGUCCUUUCAGCGCACCGGGGCAUCUCGUCGAAUUCCCCAGUGAUUGGUGAUCUUCAGCGUUUGUUCUUAGGGGGGUUGUGGCACUGCGACUGCAGUCCGUAUAUAACCGCGCUGUCCUUGUAUGUGGUAGUCCUUGCUCUGAGCCUCCCAACUCUCCCCCCAUCUCAUCUUCCCUCGUCAAUCC